AUGUUGAAUCUUAUGUCCGUCAAGAAAAAGCAGCAGGAGGAGAAGAGCCAGGGCAUCAAGCCAGGGCUGGCGGCGGAAAUCAGGCUGCAGAAAGAUAUGUCGGAGCUGAACCUCCCCUCCAACACGUCGAUUGUCUUCCCGGAGGGCAAAGACAAGAUUUUCCAUUUCGAGAUCGCCCUGAGGCCGAACGAAGGGUACCACCGAGGCGGACAGUUCCUUUUCUCUUUCAACAUCUCGCACAAUUAUCCGUAUGAGGCGCCCAAAGUCAAGUGCAAAACAAAGGUCUUCCAUCCCAACAUCGAUCUUGAAGGGAAUGUGUGCCUCAACAUUUUGCGAGAAGACUGGAAGCCAGUGCUCAGUGUCUCCACCAUCGUUUAUGGGCUUCAGUUCCUCUUCAUG